AUGCCACUCAAUACAAUCCUCCAAAAACUAAUUCCCAACUUUACCUUUAUAACCACGCUCCUCCCACAAACCGACAUAUUCCAAAAUCGAGAAUUUUCUUCUUCCGCCGUUGAUGACCGGAGACUUCCAUGGAUGGGCCUAUCAACCUCCGCCGCCGGCAAUUCCAUUCUUAAUCGACAUAGAAUCGAAUCCCUUUCUUCGAGAUUCCCGUUCGAAACCAACGAAUCCGAGGUUUCACCAGACUACACCUUGUGUUUAUCCGACGAGUGCUUAGCGUUAGUGUUCCAGUUCCUGAAUUCUGGUAAUCGGAAAAGAUGUGCUCUCGUUUGUCGACGGUGGAUGAUCGUCGAAGGACAGAAUCGUUACUGUCUAUCUCUCCACUCUCACUCAGAUCUGCUCCCCUCGAUCCCUUUCAUCUUCUCUCGAUUUGAUUCUGUCACGAAGCUCUUGCUUAAAUGCGACCGUAUAUCUGUGAGUAUCGGCGACGAAGCGCUCGUCAAAAUCUCUCUCCGGUGUCGAAACCUGAUAAGGCUGAAGCUCAUAGCUUGCCAUAAGCUCACUGACACAGGUAUGUCUGCUUUCGCUGAGAAUUGCAAGGAUUUGAAGAUCCUCUCUUGUGGAUCUUGUGAUUUUGGAGCUAAAGGCUUGAAGGCUGUGCUUGAUCAUUGCGCCUCUCUCGAGGAGUUAUCAUUGAAACGUCUCCGUUGA